CACCAUGACCAUGUUCACAUUCACGUUCACGUUCACUUUCACCACUCUAACUACCCGUACCCUUCCCAUCCCAUCCCAUCCCAUCCUUACCACAUGUUGCCUGCCUUUCCCACCUCUACCAGCACUAACUAAUGCCACCACCACUACCGGCCCGGGGUCGCCCCAUACCUUAACCAUCCGAUCCCAUACCAUUCUUCUGCCUUUUGCUGCUGCUCUUGUGUUGCGAAUCCAAUAAUCUCCCAGACCCAGACCAGGCCUACACACUCCGUACUUCCCUUGAUUCACCCUUCCGCUUCCCACCACAUCCGUUGCCUCUCUUCACAUGGAGAUGUCAACACAUGUGUCUCUUCGAUCACCUUCCAUUUAAGAACGCUGUCCUCGGGAAAAUACACUCACGAUACGGAGUAGAAGUCCAAAUACAAGUGCAAAGUCAGAGUACAUACUCUGUAACUGCAACUGCAGUCUGCAAGUAACGAGUAC